UGAAAAUGAAAAGAGAGAGAGAGAGAGAGAGAUGGAGAGAAAAACCCACCAUAUGUAAUUAUUUACAAGUGAAAACAACCUUUGGUUUUUUCUCUCUUUACUUUAAUUCUUAAACCAACUACAAAUAUACAUAUAUUUGUGAUUAAAAUUAAAAGAAGCCAAUUAUGGGUCAUUGUCAAUGAUUGAGGAAGCCAAUUUGUUUAGUCUGUAGGUACCAUUGCCCUGAUGAUAUUUUGAGUCUAUCCUUUGAUUUCCACGCGCUCCAUUAUUAUUUUAGUACAAGUCGUUGGUUUUUUCAUGCCAACUCUCCGCUUUUUUGAAUUGAAUUUAAUUCUUGCACAGAAAAAAAAAAUAAAAAAAAAAAGAAAAGAAACCAACUACUAUAAAUAGGCUGGCCUAAUAUCAGACCCUUCAUUCUCCAUUCACAAACACAUCUGAAGCUCGCUCAGACAACAGCAUAUCGAACAUCAUUUCUGUCUUUGCGAGCCUUUCAGAAAUCAAAGUAUUCUUUUAUUUCCGUUUUUCUACAACUUCUAUCUUCUUUCAUCAACUCAAAAAGAAUCAGUAAGAAUGCCUGGACCAAUCAGCAACCGAAUUGUUCUUCCUCACAUCUUCUUAGUCUCUUAUCCUGCUCAAGGCCAUGUUAAUCCUCUUCUCAGGAUUGGCAAGAUUCUUGCUUCCAAGGGCCUGCUGGUCACGCUCUCUGCACCAAACACCAUUGGUGACAAAAUCCGAAAAUCCAACAAAAGCAUUUCCGAAGAGCCCACUCCCUAUGGCGAUGGAAUGAUCCGAUUUGAGUUCUUUGACGAUGAAAGCCAGCAUAUCACGGUUCCGGAUGAGCACGCAGCACAUCUUGAGAAAAUUGGGAAGCAGAAGGUCCCAAUAAUGCUUCAGAAAAAUGCCGAACAGGGUCGCCCUGUUUGCUGCCUGAUUUACAGCUGCUUCAUUCCUUGGGUUGCUGAAGUAGGCGAGUCUCUUCGAAUCCCUUCUGCUCCGUUGUGGGUUCAGUCUGCCGCCUGCUUCUCAGCUUAUUACCAUUAUUACCACAAACUCGUUCAGUUCCCCACUGAAUCCCAACCUGAAUUGGACGUUCAGUUGCCCUGUAUGCCACUUUUGAAGUAUGAUGAAAUCCCCAGCUUCUUGCAUCCUUGGACACAGUACCCUUCUAUCACCGAUUCAAUCUUGGGAAUGUUCAAGCACUUGGACAAGAACUGCUGUGUACUGAUGGAGUCGUUCCAGGAGCUGGAAAAUGAGGAAAUCAAUUACAUGUCAAAGCUCUGCCCCAUCAAACCAAUUGGUCCCCUCUUUAGAUAUCCUACCGAGAAAUCUGCAGGGUCAGCCAAAGUGGAUCUUGACGAUUUUGUUUCUACAACAACUGACUACUAUCGCAAUCGGUUUUACUUAUGGGAAUGUUGUUGCGAGGCCCAAUUAGGAUUUCCUUCCCUGAUUGCGUUAAAAGCCGAUGAUUCUCUUGUUUAA